AUGGAUUCUGGGUCUCUUUGGGCUGCCAACUCGACCCCUGGGGGGGUCUCUGCCCCCAAUGCCACAACACCCUGGCUGGGCCGGGAUGAGGACCUGGCCAAGGUGGAGAUCGGGGUCCUGGCCACUGUCCUUGUGCUGGCGACAGGGGGCAACCUGACUGUGCUGCUGACCCUGAGCCGGUCGGGUCGCAAGCACUCCCGCAUGCACCUCUUUGUGCUGCACCUAGCCUUGACCGACCUGGGUGUGGCUCUUUUCCAGGUGCUGCCCCAGCUGCUGUGGGACAUCACCUACCGUUUCCAGGGCCCCGACUUCCUUUGUCGGGCCAUCAAGUACCUGCAGGUGCUCAGUAUGUUCGCCUCCACCUACAUGCUGCUGGCCAUGACGCUGGACCGCUACCUGGCCGUCUGCCACCCCCUACGCAGCCUCCAGCAGCCCAACCAGUCCACCUACCCACUCAUCGCUGCUCCUUGGCUGCUGGCCGCCCUCCUCAGCCUUCCUCAAGUCUUCAUCUUCUCCUUGCGGGAGGUGAUCCAGGGCUCAGGGGUGCUGGACUGCUGGGCAGACUUCCGCUUCCCCUGGGGGCCACGGGCCUACAUCACUUGGACCACCCUCGCCAUCUUCGUCGUGCCUGUGACUGUGCUCACGGCCUGCUACAGCCUCAUCUGCCACGAGAUCUGUAAGAACUUGAAGGUCAAGAUGCAGGCUGGGAGGGUAGAAGGAAGGGGCUGGAGGACGCCGGGCAGGCCCUCGCAGUGUGCCCCAGCUGCAGCCACACGGGGGCUGCCGUCCCGGGUCAGCAGCACCAGUACCAUCUCCAGGGCCAAGGUCCGAACAGUGAAGAUGACCUUUGUCAUUGUGCUGGCCUAUAUCGCCUGCUGGGCACCCUUCUUCAGUGUCCAGAUGUGGUCCGUGUGGGAUGAGAACGCACCUGAUGAAGAUUCCACCAACGUAGCUUUCACCAUCUCCAUGCUUUUGGGCAACCUUAGCAGCUGCUGCAACCCCUGGAUCUACAUGGCCUUCAACAGCCACUUGUUGCCACGCCCCCUGCACCACCUUGCCUGCUGUGGGGGUCCUCCACCCCGGAUGCGCAGGCAGCUCUCCAAUGGCAGCCUCUUGAGCCACCACACCAUCCUGCUCACUCGCUCCAGCUGCCCACCCACCCACAACCUCAGCCUCAGCCUCAGCGUUAGGCCUGGUCCUGAAGAGUCCCUGAAAGGCUUAGAGCAGGCGGACGGGGAAGCCAGUGCUGUGACCAGCAUCUUCUAG